CCCUACAAUUUCUUGCGUCCUGGGUAAUCCUGUACGACGAAAUAUCUCAUCUGAUUGGCAGAAGUAAGAAGCGGAGAUUUACUCUCAUUAGAAGGCGAUGACCAAAAGUACCUUACCGCAGCUAUUCCUUCUUUCUCCUUUCAGUAGGUCUCAUCUCAAUUCUCGACCUCCAAGUUCAUGGCACCGCGAAUUACUUGGUACUGUUAUUUAUCUCUAUGGACGCAUGAACCGGUCACUGAUCAGGAACAUGGUCUUGUGGUUCCUUUGAUUCAAUGCUCGACUGGAGGUAUAUGCGCCUAUCACGGUUUUAUCCAUCCGAUAGGAUUUUUUUUUUUGACCUGUAGAGUAGCAUUCAUCAAGGGACAGGCAACGGACUCUAUACGGCUCAUGUACCCUGGGACUGGGAAUUCUCGUUCAUCCCGCGACUAUGAAACAUCAGGCCUAGCUCUCCAAUUGAAUGACCUUCAAAUCCAGCUGCACCCCGCAUUGGCAGGCUCUCAAAUACUUUGGGAGACUACAUUCUCACAGGUGAUGCACUGCCACACGCUGUUGGAAUGAUCCGUUGAGGCUGAGAUAACGAAAGCCCGCGAGCACAAGCUUGUCGGAUUUAAACGCAAACGGGCAUCAUUUUUACCUCCAUUCCUCACUCCCUUCUUCUUCCUCACUAUGUCUACCAUUUCUCAAGAGGCCAAGGCCUCUCACUACGGCACCGAGAAAGAUGUUGAAGUCGUCGCAU